AUUUAAGUGUGACUGUUUGGUUUUAGGCACACGAAGCCUCACAUCACCAACAGCAGGCAGCACAGAACAGUUUGUUGCCUCUCCUGAGCUCUGCUGUUGAGCCACCCGAUCAGAAGCCGAUUCUGCCCUUACCAAUAACGCAGAAACCUCAGCCUGCACCAGAAACAUUAAAGGAUGCUAUUGUUGGGAUUAAAAAGGAAAAACCUAAAACCUCCUUUGUGUGCACUUACUGCAGCAAAGCUUUCAGGGACAGCUACCAUUUGAGGCGUCACGAGUCCUGCCACACAGGGAUAAAGUUAGUGUCACGGCCAAAGAAAACUCCCACCACAAUGGUGCCCCUUAUCUCGACCAUCGCUGGUGACAACAGCCGAAGUUCAUUGGUUUCGACUAUCGCAGGCAUCCUGUCCACAGUCACUACGUCUUCCUCUGCCACCAACCCCAGCAGUAGUGCCGGUGCGACGGCUAUGGCGGUGACUCAGACGGUGAAGAAGCCCAGUAAGCCCGUUAAGAAGAACCACGCUUGUGAGAUGUGCGGAAAGGCCUUCAGGGAUGUCUACCACCUCAACCGGCACAAGCUGUCCCACUCAGAUGAAAAACCCUUUGAAUGUCCAAUUUGCAAUCAGCGCUUCAAGAGAAAGGAUCGCAUGACCUACCACGUGAGGUCUCACGAAGGUGGCAUCACGAAACCAUACACCUGUGGUGUUUGUGGAAAAGGCUUCUCGAGGUACCAUGUAGAAAAUCCCAGGCCUGAUCAUUUAAGCUGUCACGUUAAACAUGUUCACUCAACAGAGAGACCCUUCAAAUGCCAAACGUGCACUGCUGCCUUUGCCACCAAAGACAGACUGCGGACACACAUGGUGCGCCAUGAAGGAAAGGUAUCGUGUAAUAUCUGUGGUAAACUUCUGAGUGCAGCAUAUAUCACCAGCCACUUAAAGACACACGGGCAGAGCCAAAGUAUCAACUGUAAUACCUGUAAACAAGGCAUCAAUAAAACAUGCAUGAGUGAAGAGACCAGCAAUCAGAAGCAGCAGCAGCAGCAGCAACAACAGCAGCAACAACAACAACAACAGCAGCAACAACAGCAACAACAGCAACAGCAGCAGCAACAGCAGCAACAGCAGCAGCAGCAACAUGUAACAAGUUGGCCUGGAAAGCAGGUAGAGACCCUGAGAUUAUGGGAAGAGGCCGUCAAAGCGAGGAAGAAAGAAUGUCAGUUCACCUUUGAGAAGGCUAUAGAGUACGUACCAUUCGAAGCUGCUAACUUGUGCCAAACCUCCACUGCUGCUACUACGCCUGUGACUCUUACUACUCCAUUCAAUAUAACGUCCUCUGUGGCUUCUGGGACUAUCACAAACCCAGUCACAGUGGCAGCUGCAAUGAGCAUGAGAAGUCCAGUAAAUGUAUCAAGUGCAGUUAAUAUAUCCAGUCCGAUGAACCUAGGGCAUCCUGUAACUAUAACCAGUCCAUUAUCCAUGACAUCUCCAUUAACGCUCACCACACCAGUCAAUUUACCCACCCCAGUAACCGCUCCAGUGAAUAUAGCGCAUCCAGUCACCAUCACGUCUCCCAUGAACCUCCCCACACCGAUGACGUUAGCUGGUCCCUUAAAUAUAGCCAUGAGACCAGUAGAGAGCAUGCCUUUCCUGCCCCAGGCCUUGCCCACCUCUCCUCCUUGGUAAAGAACUUCUACACAGUAUUAAAAAGGAUUAAAAUGGAAUCCUUACCAGCAGUUCUUUUUUUUGGGGGGGUUUUGUUUGGUUGGGGUUUUUGUUUUGUUUUGUUUUGUUUUAGUUAAUAAUAAAUUCAGACUAAGACACUGGGGCAACAUGCACCAUCAGAGACCGUAGUAGCAUCUUCCCCUGUUGAUUUGGCUCAUAUGGUUCAAACUUGAGUUUCACUGGAGCACUUCCAUUUAAAGUAAGUUUUACCUUUUAGCUGACUGAUGAUGAAUUAGAGCAGAUACUUAUUUGCCAGAGUUUUUAAAAAAAAAAAAAAAAAAGUAAUUAAAAAAAGUUUUAUGUUUUAUCCCCCAAAU